AUGCAGAUAAAGGUCGGCGCGCCCAGCGGUGAUUGGCCGAGGUGGCCGCUGAGCCGCGUGGGCGGUAGGCAGGAAAGACUGCCGGCGGUUGCUAGAGAUGGAGUUAAGGACCAGAGUCGUCGGCAGCAGGUAGAAGAGCAAGGUACCGUCUGCGUCCUGCUCUCGUUCCCCUUCAUCUUCAGCCCGUGCCUGGGCUGCGGGGCGUCCACCCCCGAGUGGGCAGCGCUGCUGUACUACGGGCCCUUCAUCGUGGUCUUCCAGUUCGGCUGGGCCGCCACCCAGAUCGCGCACCUCAGCCUCAUCCCGGAGCUGGUCACCAGCGACCACGAAAAGGUGGAGCUCACAGCUCUCAGGUACGCCUUCACCGUGGUGGCCAACAUCGCAGUCUACGGGGCCGCCUGGCUGCUGCUGCACCUGCAGGCCUCCUCCCACACAGGGGCCCCCGAGGACAUCACCGUGGGUGACCAGCUGGGCGCCCAAGAUGUUCCCGUGUUCCGGAACCUGUCCCUGGCAGUGGUAGGAGUGGGAGCCGUCUUCUCCUUGCUGUUUCACCUGGGCACCCGUGAGCGGCGCCGGCCUAGGCGGGUGGAGGACCCAGAUGAACACAGUCCCCUGAUCUCCUCAGCCACUGGGCCCCUGCUGCUCUGGAAACACUGGCUCCGGGAGCCUGCCUUCUACCAGGUAGGCAUUUUGUACAUGACCACGAGGCUCAUUGUGAACCUGUCCCAGACCUACAUUGCCAUGUACCUCACCUACUCCUUGCACCUGCCCAAGCGGUUCAUUGCGACCAUCCCUCUGGUGAUGUACCUCAGUGGCUUCUUUUCCUCCUUCCUCAUGAAGCCCCUCAACAGGUCCAUCGGGAGGAAUUUCACUUACUUUGUGGGGCUCCUGCUGAUCCUGGCCUUCGCUGCCUGGGUGGCGCUGGUCGAUGGGCUGGGCGUGGCGGUGUACGCGGCGGCUGUGCUGCUUGGUGCGGGCUGCGCCACCAUCCUGGUCACCUCGCUGUCCAUGACGGCCGACCUCAUCGGUCCCCACUCGCAAAGUGGAGCCUUCGUGUACGGUGCCAUGAGCUUCUCGGACAAGGUGGCCAAUGGGCUGGCCGUCAUGGCUGUGCAGAGCCUGCACCCCUGCCCCUCAGAGCUGUGCUGCAAGGCCUGCACGGGCUUCUACCACUGGGUCAUGGUGGCCGUGACGGGCGGCGUCAGCGUGGCCGCCACCCUGGUGCUCUGCAGCCUGCUGGUCUGGCCCAUCCGCCUUCGGAACCAGAACCGAGACCGGCCGUGACUCAGUGGGCUCCACAGCUGCACGGAUGGAGGGACCACGUGCACUGCCUUGGGGACAGUCCCGCGGGGCGGCUCCGGUGCUGCCCUC